UUGAUCAUAGUAAAGUCGAAAUGCCUUUACCAAAUGCGAAAAAAUAUGUUCUAGAUGGUAAAUUACUACCGAAUGCUCUUAGUUAUAGUUUUCGCAUUAUCUCAGGUGGCACUUUAUUAUGCUGUAAAAAACGCUUCAGGUCUGCUGAGCUCACCAUAUCAUCUGUUGCCCCUUACGAGGCUCGAUUUAUUCACGAACUUGAGGUAACCUUUGAGCUGAGGAAUAUUCCAACCGCAACCAAGGAGGAUUACUUCAGUUCCAUCGAUGACAUCCGCCGGUAUAGUAACAGAUAUUACAUCGAUUCAACUGGGACACGCAAUCUCAAAGACAUUCGACCACUUUGGAUUCCAUCCUUGCGAAAAGCAUUAGAUCCACUCUAUAAAGGCUACAUUAAACCACAUGAUUAUUUGAAUUUCUUUAGUAAAGAUUCGUUGUCCAACAAAUUAAGGCAAGUCGUUCUCAAUAGCUGUGGAUACGGUAUUUUUGUUGAAUGUCAGCGAACAACUAGCGAUAUCUCCCUUUCUAAAGAAAUAGAGAGUCCCGCCCACAACGUUGGUUGGAUGUCUGCCUGUCAAAUCAUCUCGGUGCCAACAUCGACGGAACUUGGCAUUUUCAUAUACGAAAAGAACAAUCAGAAACGUUUUAACAAUCUUAUUGAAAACAUCACCUAUCCUAAAAAUGACAUCUGGGUGUAUGUUCGCUACCUCCAGACCGGACAGAUUGAAAAAAAACUUAUUUCAAAGAACAUGCGAAUGCUUGGUGGGCUUCGUACUGGAAUCUCAAUUUCUAUCUUGGAAAACUUUGAAAAUGGUUCAAGUGCAUGGAGUGAUAACCUUUUAAUUGUAGAGCUUAAAGCUUGUGCUGGUGGUCGAUAUAUUGUAACCGCAGAAUCAGGAGAUAAUGCUAUUGUAUUUAAGACAAAGUCGCAAACUGGCUUUAAAGAUCGUACGAUACAGAGUGACCAAUUUAUUAGUUUUAAAC